AUGUCUGCUGCUACCCUCGCCAAUUCCUUCUCCACAGGCAAUACUACCACAGCAAUUAUUGUCCCAGGAAAGCAACCUCUUACGAUUACCUAUAAACAGCUCACCGCCGAGAUAUCCUCAUUUCAAAAGAAGCUCGCCAAGCUUGGUGUCACACCACAAGCUGCAGUAUCAAUUGCUCUACCAAAUACCUAUGAAUUCAUUAUUGCCUUCUUAGCAGCAUCAUGGCAAAGAGGAAUUGCUGCACCUCUCAACUCCGCAUACAAGCAAGAGGAAUUCGAAUUCUAUAUUGAUGAUUUGAGCUCAGCAGUUGCUCUCGUUCCCAAGGAUUCGUUUCAGAAAGAUGGACCUGCGGUGAGGGCUGCAAGAAAAUACAAUGCGGCUAUUGCAGAAUGUUACUGGAAUGGCAGUGAGGUUGUUUUGGAUGUUAAGGAUGAGGGAAAAUUGAAGGGGAAAGGAAAUCAAAAGGUUGAGCAGGCGCAACCAGAUGAUGUUGCUUUAGUUUUACAUACCAGUGGAACGACGGGAAGACCAAAGGCUGUGCCAUUGACACACAGAAACCUCACUACAACUAUGAAAAACAUACAAGCUACAUACAAGCUUACUCCUGCGGAUCGUACCAUGCUCGUUAUGCCUCUAUUUCACGUUCAUGGACUUUUAGCGGGUUUCCUAGCUCCAUUAACGUCCGGUGGUUCUGUCAUCGUUCCCCCUAAGUUCUCUGCUUCAGAAUUCUGGACCGAUUUCAUUACACACAAAGCAAAUUGGUAUACAGCCGUUCCAACUAUCCAUCAAAUUCUCUUGAAGAAUCCACCGCCCACAACCAAGCCCAACAUUCGAUUCAUCCGAUCAUGUUCUUCCCCUCUGUCUCCAACCACUUUCCACGCUCUGGAAGAAACAUACAAUGCUCCUGUCCUUGAAGCCUACGCCAUGACAGAAGCGUCCCAUCAAAUGACAUCCAAUCCUCUUCCACCGGGAAAACGUCAACCUGGCUCUGUGGGAAUUGGUCAAGGAGUUGAAGUACGAAUUCUCGAUGGCGAGGGUAAAGAAGUUCCGAUUGGUUCUGAAGGAGAAAUUUCUAUUCGCGGCGAGAACGUCACGAAAGGUUAUCUCAAUAAUGAGAAAGCCAACAAGGAGUCCUUUACCAAAGAAGGAUUUUUCAGAACUGGUGAUCAAGGAAAAAUGGACAAAGAUAGAUAUGUGUUUAUCACUGGCCGUAUUAAGGAACUUAUCAAUAAAGGAGGCGAGAAAAUCUCUCCUAUUGAGCUAGACAAUGUUCUAGCCCGUCACCCUGCUGUUUCCGAAGCUGUCAGCUUUGCUAUACCCGAUGAAAUGUAUGGUCAAGAUGUUUGUGUUGCUAUUGUAUUGAAGCCAGAUCAAAAGUUGACUGCAUCAGAGUUGAAGCAAUGGAUUGCGGAUAAAGUGGCCAAGUUCAAGGUGCCAAAACAGGUAUACUUUUCGGAUGUCAUGCCAAAGACAGCUACAGGAAAGAUUCAAAGGAGAAUAGUGGCAGAUACUAUGCUUAAGCAACCUAAGGCUAAAUUGUAG